CAGCAUCAUCCUGAAAUCACUGAAAGUAGGGGGGCGGUGACGGCGGAGCCUGGCGGCGGGGCGCGAUGGCAGUCAGACGGCGGUCAUGGGAGGCUGGAGCGUGGCAGCUAUCGGACUGCUGCAGGCGCGGCUACGGCGUCGAUUGCUAUUGCGUCGCCCCUCGGGCGGUUCAGUCGCGGCGGCACACUCGCGUGCAGGCCACCUCAAGCGCGUCGCCCUCCGCCGCGGUGGAGCCCAAGCUGCGCCGACGACAUGGUCGCAGUCUCCCACAAGAUCCCCACACGGGCCGGCAGUGAAGGUACAGUCUAAUUUGAUUGUGCUGUACUCUUGUGGCGAACUUUUGCAGACUGCUAGUAAUUCUGUCCCAAAUCAGUUUGUAAAAUUUGUACUGUAACUAUUAGUCAGUCAGGUCAUGCCGCCCAGUUAAACUAAAGGAUGAAUACAAAUUAAACGAGAGAAUCAAAAUGAGAAACAUUACAUUAAUGGGGCAGCACUCACCUUUGGAUCAACCUUUGAUAUAAAGCCAACAUAGUCAGGUCAUGCAGCCUAGUUUUAACAAUCUGAAAGCCAACAUGAGCUGGGCUUGUGCAUGUGGGUUCGUAUGAUGGUGCUAAAUUACUUUGUUAGGACCUCAGCGCACAUGAUGCUGCCUCGAGCCUUCAGCCUAUGAAGAAGAAAAAUGCCCACUUGACAUAAAGCUGGUGGCUGAAAUGGAGUCCCCUUAUUAAUUCAGUCGCCCUUAACAGCUGUUAGACUCACAUCUGCCAUUAGCACCACCACCUCCACAUCACAGCCAGGAAGCACAGCCAUGGAGGCGACGGGGGUGAGCUUGGGGAAGGCCGCGCUGGGCGGCGCACUGGGCUAUGCCACGUCCAAGGCGGCGGAGGAGAUCGCGCUGCAGCUCGGUGUCGAGCGCGAUGUGAACUUCAUCAGGGACGAACUGCAGAUGAUGCAGUCGUUCCUGAUGACGGCCGAUGAGGAGCAAAGCCAAAAUAAGGUGCUUGCCACCUGGGUGAACCAGAUCGGGGCCCUGGCCUACAAAGUGGAGGACAGCCUAAUGGACUUCGGCCUCCACUCGGAGAAAAAGCCUUUUUGGGGGUGCAUCCCCCGCAACCCAGGUGACCGACGCCGCAUCGCCAAGGAGGUGAAGCAGCUGAGGGCUGAGGUGGAGGACGUGAGCAACAGGAACCUGCGCUAUCGGCUCAUCAAGGAGAGCUCAGCCUCCAAGCCUACCGUGGCAGAGGAGCAGGCCAGCAUCGCCGGCGCUGCAAUGUUUGGCAUCAACGAAGCAAGGUUUGCUACCCUAGAGCAUGAAAAAUCAUCAGAGGUGGACCUCCACCAGCUAAUUACGAGGAACGAUGUGAAUCUUAGGGUGAUCGCCAUGUGGGGAACCAGCAGUGAUCUCGGGAAGACGUCUGCCAUCCAGAAGGUUUAUGAUGACCCAAAGGUAUUGAAAAUGUUUGGAUUCUGUGCUUGGAUAAGGUUGAUGCAUCCUUUCAGUCCACAAGAGUUCCUCAGGAGCUUGGUAUGGCAAUUUUAUGGAAAUUACCAUGAUGAGGUCGGAAAGCCUGAACAAGAAAGAAGAGUUGGGGCUGAAAUUCUGGCCAACAUGGAGAAGAUGGAUCAAAGAGAUUUAGCCCGUAUGUGUAAUGUGGAGUUGUGUAGGAACAGCUACCUGGUUGUCAUAAAUGACCUGGUCACCAUAGAAGAGUGGCAUUUCAUUAAGAAGUUAUUUCCUGACAACAAGAAACAUAGUAGAAUCAUCGUUUCCACGCAGCAAGCUGAAAUUGCAAGCUUGUGCACAGAGAACCCAUACCAAGUUUCGGAGUUGGAGCAGUUGUCAUGUGAUCAAACAAUUUAUUUGUUCCACACAAAGUUGCAGAAUUCAAAACAGCAGACCAGUAUGGAUGGUGUUCGUGUGGCAAUGCAUGACACCAACGACAAAGCAAGGCUUGCUACGUCAGAGGAGAAACCGAAGGCUAUGCAUGCAUCAUGUUCUGCUGAGCCUAUAUCCGACUCAAACAUAGUUACUACUACCAAGAAGAAUACAUCAAUGUCCACCGGUGAAAUACAGGAGGAAGACCAAGAACCUAAUAAUGCAGGUGCUGAAAAAGCUCAUAACCCAACUGUUAGAAAGAAGGUUGAUCGCAGCAGGACACUGACACUGGCUGAUGGACUGCUCUGUGGGCGAGAAACAGAGAAAUCUUUUGUUAUCAAGUUAGUGGGCCAACCAGACCACAAUCAAGGCCGUAAGGUGAUUUCAGUUUGGGGAAUGGGGGGUCUUGGAAAAACCACUCUUGUCCGAAGCAUCUACCGAAACCAAGAGCUUGGUGGCUGGAAGCGUGCUUGGGCCACUGCAUUGCGUCCUUUUAACCCUGAAGUACUCCUUAGAGAUUUGGCUUGGCAGCUUCAGAAUACUGUUCAAGAAGAUCCUGCUCGAGCAACAACAACUGGCGUGCAGAAGAAAAACGUAUCAGGGAUGAAACUUCAAGAGUUGAAGCAGGAGCUAGCUCGGCUACUAACAGAAAAAAAGUGCCUUAUUGUUCUUGAUGAUAUAUCGUCCACUUCUGAAUGGGAGUUGGUCAAACAGUGCUUAGAUAAUGCUGAACGGAUCAUAGUCACCACAAGAGAAAAAAAGAUUGCCGAACAUUGUUCAAGAGAAGUCAGGAACAUGUACCCUCUUGGAGUUCUGAAAUAUGACGAGGCACUUGACCUGUUCAUAAAGAAGGUAUUCAAAGACAAUAUUGUAAAAACUGAUUUAGCCCCAGCUAUAAUGGAACAAGCAAGAGUUACCCUGCAAAAAUGUGGUGGACUUCCCCUUGCAAUAACGACCAUCGGUGGAUUCCUAGCCACUAAGCCAAAAACUGCGAUUGAAUGGAGAAAAAUGAAUGAGUGUAUUAGCUCUGAACUGGAGAUAAAUCCUGAACUUAUGACAAUAAAGUCAAUUCUUAUGAGGAGCUACGAUGGUCUACCAUACCAUCUCAAGUAUGCUUUCUUGUACCUGUCCAUAUUUCCAGAAGACCACCGAAUUAGGUGGGGUCGCUUGAUGAGACGGUGGAUUGCAGAGGGUUACUCAAGGGAUAUGCUUGGCAUCACUGCAGCUGAACUUUGUCGGAGGUACUUUGAUGAGCUUUUGGAUAGGAGUAUGAUCCUUCCAGGGGAAGGGAUAGACCAAUACAAACAGAAAAUCAAUUCUUGCCAACUUCAUGAUAUGAUCCGUGAAAUAUGUGUCUCAAAGGCUAGGGAGGAAAACCUUGUUUUCACACUGGAGGAAAGAUGUUGUUUGAGCAAGACACAAGGUGCAAUACGCCAUCUUGUCAUAGGCAGCAACUGGAAAAGGGACAAAGAUGUGCUGGAGAGCAUGCUAGACUUGUCACACGUACGGUCAUUGACCGUGUUUGGAGAGUGGAGAUCGUUUUUCAUCUCCGAAAAUAUGAGGUUUGUGCGAGUGCUUGACUUAGAAGACACACUGGGGUUAAGAGAUCAUCAUCUUGAUCAAAUCGGGCAGCUCCGUCACCUCAAGUACCUUUCUUUUCGAGGAUGUUGCAACAUUUUCUGCCUGCCUAAUUCUUUCGGGAAUUUGAGGCACCUCGAAACACUGGAUGUUAGAGGUACACGCAUAUCUGAGUUGCCAACAAUAAUCACCGAUCUUCGGAAGCUACAAAACCUUCAUGCAGAUGAUUAUGUGGACCGUUUUGGUGUUAGGGUAGAGGAUGACAUAGUUGAUAAGUAUCAAGGUUACAUUGAUCGUAUUUCCACAGGUAAAAGAUGCAGCGUUUUGUUGUCUAGCAGUCAUGUUUUCUUGAGACCACAAGUAUUAGAUGCCGGUUUGAACAGGUAUGAUAUAUUCAAUCUAUACCGCUUCCAGGAGAGGAACCUAGAUGGCAUUAUUCUUCCUAAAGGGAUUGGUAAAUUGAAGGCCCUUCAUGCCCUAGGUGCUGUUGAUGUUUCCGGGAGAAAUGGAAAUGCCACUGUAAAAGAGUUUGGAGAGCUUACUCAGCUACGUAAGCUUAAAGUGGGUGGUCUGAGCUACAGAAACAUCAAUGAGUUAUGGUCUGCCAUUGCUGAUCAUAAUCAACUUCAAUCUUUAUCAGUUGAAAUAGGUGACCCGAAUGAAGAUAGGAAUGAGUUAGAUGGCUGUUUUGGUGAGGGUUUGUUGCCACCCAGCAGCCUGGAGAACCUUGCUCUGCAUGGUAAGCUAGUCAAUGUAACAGAAUGGAUCCAUAGGCUUCAAAAUCUCUCCAAGUUGGUGUUAAAACGUAGCAGAUUGGAGCAAGAUGAUGCCAUACAAGCCAUCGGGGUCCUACCAAAUAUAGCGGUACUACGCCUGCAAUUUAACUCGUUCAUGGGGGCACAACUCCAUUUCCAGGGGUCAUCUUUCCCGAGCCUCUUGGUGCUGUGGUUCGAUAGAUUAGAUAAACUACGGUCGGUGUUGUUUGAAGAAGGCACAAUGCCCAAGCUUGAGCUGCUACAAAUUGGUGUGUGCACAGAGCUGAAGGUCAUCUCCGGGCUGCCAGCCCUCAAAAGCCUCAAAGAAAUUCAGUUGCCUAAAAAUGGUGACAGUUAUUUCAAUGAAAUAUUAGAGGUGCAGAAAGAUGGUUACAGAUAUUACAGUAAAAUAUUUGAGGUGCAGAGGGAGCAGGUUGAGAGACAGGUAGCGGAGCACGUGAGAGUGAACAUUGUUGACUGACUAUUAAACUCUCUCUCUCUGUGUGUGUGUGUGUGUGUGUGUGUGUGUGUUUCCAUCGGAUUCUUAUUACCGCACUUCUGCCUUCUACUCCUAUACAUGCAGAUGCAGUAGGACUAGUAAUUGACGUCACUCGGGCGUAUACAGCAGGACUGUAAGUCUGUAAUGCAGCAGUGGUAUGUAUCACUUAAAAAACGCACUACAUAGCACUUCCUUUGCUGUGCAUUCAUAUAAAAAUCACAAGCUACUGACAGGAAGUAUCCUUUGUGUAUUCCUUUGUUGUAUUCCUUUGUUGUAUGCCAUAUGCAAAUUGCAGCUAGAACAGGAUGAUGCAGCUGAAGCCGAAAAAAGAAAACGGCAACUUGCUCUGUUCCAAAAGAAGAGGGAUAAUACAUCACAGUCGGUAACACAUGUAGUGCUGCCGCUUCAAGAUUAACCAUGUACGGGCACAACAGAUUAGCCAUGUAUAAUACAGGGGCAAUUGACUCUCUCACAGCCAUCUCAUUGUAUGAACCAUGUAUGUAUCAUGUAGUAUUCAUGUUUGUUCCCGACACUGAAUUUUACUAUUUAACUACUUUCUUUU